AUGUCGACUGACGCAUCUACAUCUGCCUACCGGAUCCAGCAUCUCCUCGGCGAGGAAAACUACCAGACCUGGGCCGUCAAGAUCACGGACAUCUUGACCGACCUCCAGCUUGACGACUACCCGAAAGGCCGGCUCCUGAAGCCCGGCAGUCGCGUCCCUCCACCCAUCACCAUCACCAACCCUGACGGCACCACGACCACUAUCACAUCCUCCAUCACUGUCUCCACCGCAACUGCCAGCGAAUGGGAGCGCAAGGACCGCCAGGCCCUCUCCGCAAUCCGUCUCCGCGUAACUGAUGGUCCGCUGGUCUACAUCACCAACGCAAGCUCGGCAAAAGAGGCAUGGGACGUACUUGAAAAAAUGUACCGCCCACGGGGUGCCUAUGCAAUUGUCCUCCUCCGUCGGAAACUCCUCCAUCUCGUGUGCGCCGAAGGGGGAGACAUCGAGGAACACAUUCGGAAGCUUACCUCGCUACGUACUCAGCUCACAACGCUCGGAGCACGCUUCGACGAGGAUGAGUUCUGCACGACUCUUCUCACCUCACUCCCUGACUCCUGGGACACUUUCAUCCAGAGUGUCGACACCAGCUCCUUCACCGACUCCGCCCCACUCAUUGCGCGGAUCCUCGAACGGGACCGCCAGCGCAAAGCCAAGCCGACUUCCGAUGAUGUCGCCCUACCAGCUCGAUCCGCCAAGACUGGCAAGUUCUCAACGAACGUGUCAUGCUACGGUUGUGGUCGCCGGGGGCACGUUAUUGCUGACUGUCGGGACACGAAGGCGGGAAAGACGUUUACGGAGGAGCAGAAACGCCGAAAUGGACAAGGAGGGGGAGGAGGAAGAGGAUGGAAUUCGGGCCGGGCACACGUGACUGAAGAAGCGCAAUUUGAUGCACCCGCUUUCGCUUUUGCCGCUGCGUCGUUACCGCCCACAACGGGCUCGGACGUUUGGUUAGCUGAUAGCGCAGCUACACGACACAUAGUAAUCAAUAAAACGCUUUUUUCCUCGUACCUCGAGACGCCUGGCACCAACGUUACCGGAUUUGGACAAUCUUCGAGCCCCGGCAGUGGCACCGUAGAAAUCUCUUCUCAUGUCGGCACCAAAGCCUACGACAUCUCACUUCGGGACUCUAUGCACGUUCCAAAUGCUCCUUACAACCUCAUCUCUCUUGGCCGACUCACUUCCGCGGGCUGCUCAGUCCAAAUGAAGGGUGACACAAUGAAAAUCCAUUCUCCUGGACCCAAAUCGUACGAAAUCAUGCGCGGUACCUUGAUUGGCGGACUCUACAAGGUCCGCAUCACUCGCUCUGCUCGUUCUCCGCCCAGCCGACCCACUCCCACUGUUGCCCUACCCUCGAAACCUUCGUCGGCACCCACUCACACUUGGGACAAGUGGCAUCGGAUCCUCGGGCACAUUCAGCAUGCAUCUGUGAAGACUCUGCGGGAUAAGCAGAUGGUUACUGGGCUGAAUGUAGACGAAUCCGUACCUGCAUCAACCUUCUGCGAGACUUGCGUCAAAGCCAAGUCCCACGUCACUCCGUUCCCACCAGCAUCUGACAACCAGCCGUAA